CUACUUAAAAUAAGCAAGAGUUUGCAAGACGACGGCGAGCGCCUGAACUGAUGACUCUGCAACCAAAAACUAUCACGCUCACCCAAAAACUAAUAUAGCAAAGUUGGCAAGACGAAGACGAUGAUCUAAACCCUAGCUCAACACUACACUUCUUCAUCACAAUAUCCACCAAUACACUUCAAGACGAAGAAACAAGAUGUCCAUAGAGAGACGCGGCCGUUCGGCCUCCACAUCAUCUGAAGAUGAUGCUCUGUUCCUCGAUAUACUUCAUGAGGUUCCUUUGUGUGGUCACGGGAAACGCAGUAGUAUUUUUGGAGCUCUUGUCUACUGUGUUCUACUGGCAGGUUAUGCUGUUUUGGGUGUGAUAGCUCCCCAUGCGUUUCAUCGCAAUUUGGUCCCUUCUUUGCUUUGUAGUUGCGGUGUUGCUCUUCUACUAGUCACUGGCAUCUUCCAACAAUAUUUCGUUUCUCAAGUCCAGAAAAUACGUUUGCAGGGUUAUUAUAGUUUCAGCCAGAAAUUGAAGCAUGUUGUUCACUUACCAUUUGCCACUACUGCCUAUGGAACUGCUGUGAUGUUGCUUGUCAUGGUAUGGAAAUACCAUAUCAGCUCUCCUUCAAUCCCAGCAUUACUCAGGAUUAUUGUGUUGGCUGAAGCAAUAUGUGCCAUAUCCUUUAUGAUUAUCUAUAUUGGUUAUUUGCACCACUACAAUUCAUUAGAUUCUCAGCCUGAUAUUUUGAAGUCGUUAUAUACUCCACUCCAACAAUCAAGUCCUUUAGAAGAAUUGAGGUAUCAUGAUAGUGGUCGACUUUCUGAUCAGCAAAUGGCUUUGCUUCAAUAUCAGCGUGAGAACCUUCAUUUUUUGAGUGAGGAGAUCCUUCAUUUGCAAGAGAGCCUAAGAAAGUAUGAGCGGUCUAAUGGGGGCACACCUCAGGUUGAUCUUGCUCACAUGUUAGCAGCUCGUGAACAGGAACUACGGACACUUUCUGCCGAGAUGAAUCAACUGCAAACUGAACUAAGGCUUGCUCGGUCUUUGAUAGCUGAGAGAGAAUCUGAGCUACAGCGAGUCCGUACUACAAACAAUCAGUAUUUGGAAGAGAAUGAAAGACUCAGAGGUAUUUUAGUGGAAUGGAGCACACGAGCAACAAAGCUUGAGCGAGCAUUGGAGCUAGAGCGAUUGUCAAAUCUCGACCUGCAAAAGAAGCUUGUAACAAGAAAUCAAACAAAUGCAUCAUCUGAAAAAGGUACAGCUUAAUCUCCCUGGAAUUUUUCCACUGCUGCCUGUCAUAUCUCCGGAGCUUUUGGUUCAUUUCCAUAAUGGAAGUCCGACCAUUACGACAAAAAGCAUCAAGAUUCCAACUUUACAGGAAUAGAUGGUUGAAUGUAUAUAACAGAAACUUAAGGAAACCAAUUGAGGAAGCAAAUUAUUUGAAGAUUUCUGUGGUUGAAAUUAUUAGAAGAAAAAUAGCCAUGCUAGAGUAGCAUUUUGGGGUGUAA